AGGGAGGAACCCAGCUCGCCGAGCGGUGCCAGAGGAAGCCAACACGAACCUCGAACCUCGCAGCGCUGGAGCUGGCUCGACUCUGGCAUGCAGUUUUUGAAGUCAGCAAAACAGAAAGCAAAUUACUAUCCUAUUAUGCUGGUGGGAGCUCAAGCAGAGGGGACUCUACACCGCCUUAAUUACUAUGAGAGAUGCAACGAGUCGCAGAAUAACAAGGGUAUCUCACGUGUGCACCCUGAAGACAAAUGGUACCGAUGGCCUCUGCCUAGCAAGCUGUGUGCGGUCUGGAUUUACCUGGAUGUGCUCUUCUCCACGGCCUCCAUCAUGCACCUGUGUGCCAUCUCCCUGGACCGCUACGUCGCCAUCCAGAACCCCAUCCACCACAGCCGCUUCAACUCCAGAACUAAGGCGUUUCUGAAAAUAAUUGCUGUUUGGACCAUAUCAGUAGGUAAGUGGGAAUAUAUUGGAAAUGACAGUUGA